UGUAGGUAAGGGUAGGGUAGGGGUAAAUGGCGUACAUAUGCAAGCCCUCCAGGCUACCUUGCACGACGCAGAAGCGGCGAUCACGCAACCGUAACGGGCGAUCAAGUGGCUAAAACCUCGAUUGCUGCGUUUCUGUUGGGAUGCGGCAUGGCAACGAGAGGGUGUGUGUAGGGGGGUGUUUUUGCCCCUUCUAAACCACCUCUUUUUUCUGGGCAUCGGUAGGUGUAGUGAUGCACGCAUCUGCUCAUCGGUCCCAGAAAGCGCAUUGAUUACUGCUGUUGCGAUCAUGGUGAGAGAAUGUGAGCGUCGUCGUGGGAUGCGUGACGUCAUGUUACGUCUUUUCCUUUUCCUGUACCAGUACCUUAGGAGAUGGUUGAAAGUGCGGGUUUUGAGGCGACGCGUUGCAUCGACGGUUUAGGUUUAUUUGCUUAUCGUCUCUCGUUUCUUAUUUCUGCGGCUGGUUCCGUCGUGAUUUGGCAAGGCGGUCCAGAGAGUUUUGUUACGCCGCGGAACGGGGAAGAACCUUGCAUCGAGGGCGUGAAAAGGGCGUGAGAAAAAGGCCCCCGCGUCUGUGAACAGAGUGCAUUGGAUCAUGUGCAGAGAUAUGCAGCCUGAGCUCAUGGUUGUGUCGUUGUUCAGCUGCGUGCACGUGAGAUUGUCAAGGUUUGUGCGGA